GGGGCGUAUCCUAGGCUGUUUUGAGCAGUGAAUCCGGGGACCGUAAGAGAAGACGCGUCUUCGAAGCAAAUUUUUCGAACCCCAGAGAUAAAAUGGACCUUCGACAUGUAUGAAGCGUACGAAGCUGCAUUGUUUCUUACGGCUUCCCCCUACCACCAGCCUUUGGACAAGAAUGAGGGAUUUCCAAGGCAUCGAUACUUCACUCUUGAAGGAGCUGAAGUCAUGUUGUGCCAAAGAGACCAACUUUCUUCCCAGGGAAUCUGGCCUCAAGCUGAUGGAGUCACUCACAGAGGUAACCCAAGGAUCUACUUUUGCAAUUUUGAGUUGCUUUUCCAGUUUGUCACUGUAUGUAUUGUAUUUUAAUUAUGCCAUUUUAUUAAUAUUGUUCCAAUUUCAGGAUCAUAAUGGUGUCUCAGCAAAAUCCAGAGACACUAGAGUGGAAGAUCUAUGGAGCCUGACCAGUUUCUUUGGCUAUAGCACACAGACGUUCGUUCAGUCUGUUAGUUUGCUGGACAGAUUUCUUACUAUUAUGAAGGUGCAGCCCAAACACUUGCCCUGCAUUGGAGUUUGCUGUCUACACAUUGCAGCUAAAAUGGUAGAGGAAGAGGACAAUAUUUCACCUACUCAUGAACUCAUCCGGAUCAGCCAAAGCAAGUUCACUGUGUCAGAUCUUGGUCGUAUGGAGAAGAUCAUCUCUGAGAAGUUGAGUGUGGAGCCAAAAGCUGUGACGGCCUUAACAUUUCUACACCUUUAUUAUAGAGCCUUUAUGUCCAUGAUUUCCCCAAGAGAGGAGAUGCCAAGCAUUGUGAGAUUGGAAGCCCAACUGAAAGCCUGUUUAUGUCGCCUGGUUUUCUCAAAAGCAAAACCAUCUGUGCUGGCACUUGCCCUUAUUGCCCAUGAAAUCGAAACACUUAAGUUUAUGACCUUGUCCAAGAUUGUGCAGCAACUCCAAAGAAACCUCAAGAUAAGUGACAGCUUGCUUUUGCACUGGAAAGAGCUGGUGGCCAGCUGCAUGGCUGCAUACUGCUCAAGUGAGUGUGUCAAGCCCGACCAUAGAAAGCUGGUGUGGAUUGUUUCGAGGAGAACUGCUCAAAAUCUUCAGGCCAAUUACUUCAGAGUCCCCAUCCUGCCAACCAUCCCUGAGGGAAGCUGGGAUGAAAUUGAAAGUGAGGACUCCUAUGAGGAUAUGAGCAGUGGAGAAGAGAGUCCAUGUGGUUCUCCAGGAAGUGAUGGAGAAGGAUCAUUCUUUCUUACUUCUUUUUUGAAAUGCAGAAAAUAAUGUGGCAAUUCUAGUAGCUAUGUAUGUCUCAUCCUAAAUUGUAAUGCAAGUUUUAAAAGGCUAAUGCUUUGAAGGUCUGUGAGCAGUGCUAUGGAAAAGACAGGUGGCAUGUGAACGUCAUCAAGUGCCUGUAUUUUUUAAGUUGACUGAUUUUUGACGUUAUGCAUAUCAUUUAAAAAGGCAAUAUCUUGGCAGCUUAAAUGCAACACGUCUAUCUCUAAGAUGCUUUUUGUUUGUGUCCAACCCUGGCACAUUCCAAGUGAAAACAAAGCACAAGGGAAUUUUUUGAGGUUUGAGAUAAAGUAAAUGACAACUAACAAAUAGCUACAUUUACUCUUUACCUUUGGUAAUGUUUCAAUAUCUGUAAGAGUGUUAGAUGUAUGUGACAUUAUAGUAUUGUAAUACUAUAGUAAAGUAGGGGGCGUAAAUGCAUGGUAAUAUAUGAAACUUUAUGAAUGGUUGUACCAGUAGAAACUGUAAAAAUUUUGAAAAAAUGUAUAUAAUUUGUAAAAACAAGAAAAAAUAUAUUUGUUUGUGCAUUCUGUAAAAUGUGUAUUGUUAAUGCAAUAUCAUUAAAAAAUACAAUUUUCAUAUUUA